GGAAAUAAAAUACCCCCUCACUUUGAGGUUAGAACGUGAACCACCGUAAAUCUCACCGCCCUCUCCAUCUCCUCACUCGGUCUCUCCUCCCUUCGACACUUCUCUUUCGAAGUUCUCUCCUUCUUUCUCUCUCCUCAACAGCCAUGGCGGCUCGUAUUGUGGCGGCUGCUCGUCAAGCUGCAUCCAUCACCCGGAUCUCCUCCGCUCAACCACCCCUUCCUCGGCUAGUUCAACGCCGUGGUUUUGCUGGCGCGGCCGAACAUGGGCCACAAAAGGUAAACUGCUGGCAAGAACCAAAGAAUCCUGGUAACUGGAAGGAAGAACACUUUGUCAUUGUAUCUCUCACUGGAUGGGCAUUGGCUAUCGGUGGAAGUUACAAGUUCUUUACUAGGGGAAAAGGCAAAACCGAGGAGAAGUUGCUGGAGGCUUCACAGUAGAACAUUCAUUCAUGACCCUCAAAACGCUUUUGCAAUAAAGUCAGCACUCGAAACUGUUCAACCAGGUGGAUAUUUCUGGCAUUCCAAAUUGUUGCUGGUUAGAUAGCUUUUGGAGUAAACAAAUGUGAAGAAAUGGAUUUUUGACAAUUUGAAAUGUUGACACUAAAUUUAUUAUUGUCUAAAAUUAGUGUUGCUUCUCCUUGUACUUUGAAAUUACCAUAAUUUGUUUGCAUGAUGUUGCCUGGUCUACUGGUUCUGUUGGAGGAAAUUAGGGCAGCAUACUGUAUGUUCGUUUUAAUAUCUUUUGUUUUAAUGGAUUUUGAGCAAAUAAUGUCACCAACA